UUGAACGCAGAGAGAUCUGGCAUUCUAUUGAGAAGGGGGGACAGUCAGAGCAGACUGCCACUCCGAAGUAGCUUAGAACCACGUAUAGCAACUCACGAGGGUUGUGCAAAACUUAGUUGGCAUGAUGUAUUGAGCUAUGCAAACUCAUUUCCUUCCUCCGGUGCACUUUGCUAUCAAGAGUCAUGGAGAAGAUGCUUGUGAACGUAAAGAAAUGGGUAGAAGAAAACAGAGCUGCCUUCUUGCCGCCAGUAUGCAAUAAGCUCAUGCACCGCUAUCAGCUCAAUGUAAUGUUUGUUGGUGGGCCAAACCAAAGGAAGGAUUAUCAUAUUGAAGAAGGAGAAGAGUUGUUCUACCAGCUGGAAGGAGAUAUGUGCCUGAAGAUAAUAGAGAAUGGAAAACACAAGGAUAUCUACAUUAAAGAAGGAGAGAUGUUCCUCUUACCAGCCAGGAUACCACAUUCCCCUCAGAGAUUCGCAAACACUGUGGGAUUGGUUAUUGAGAGAAAAAGAUUAAAGACUGAAACCGAUGGACUCAGAUACUACAUUGGAGAAUCAACCAAUGUCCUUUUUGAGAGAUGGUUUUACUGUGAAGACCUUGGCACACAACUUAUCCCAAUAAUCCAAGAGUUUUUCAGCUCAAGGCAGUAUCAGACUGGAAAACCCAAUCCAGAUGAACUUCUGAAAGAAAUGCCUUUCCCGUUAAAUGAAGCCAAGGUCAUGGAUCCUUUUUCCUUUCAAGGCUGGCUGAACGAUCAUCGUGAAGAGAUAGAUCAGAAGAAAUCCUUCAGACUUUUUGGAGACAGCUCUGAAACUGAGGUUAUAAUUUUUGGACCAGGAAUAACCAAAGAGGGAGGAAAGAAUGCAGAUGUAUGGCUAUGGCAGCUGGAAGGAACAUCUUUUGUUACUGCUGACAGUAAUACCCUGUGUCUAGCAAAUGGAGACAGCCUUCUCAUCCCAGAACAGGCUGCGUUCCAGUGGAAGAGAGCUGAAGGAUCCAUUGCUCUUUCCAUUAUUCAGGAUCCUGCACGGAAAAGACCCUAUACCUGAGUUCCUGGCAAGACAGAUUAAUAAAAGACUGAUAAAAUGUUUUAUGUGAGCACUGCAAUCUCAGAAGAAGAAGAAGAAGAAGAAGAAGAAGAAGAAGAAGAAGAAGAGGAGGAGGAGGAGGAGAUUCAUUAAUCUUGAAUCCACACAUCUAAAACUAUAUGACACCACUUUAAACAGUCAUAGAUUCCCCCAAAUAAUCCUAGGAAUGGUAGUUUGUUAAAGUUGACACGGCUCCCUAGGAAGAGGGAUUGAUUGUCAAACGACUCUGGAAUUGUAGCUCUGGGAAGGAAUAGGAGAGUUUACAAGCAACUCGCAGCACCCUUAAUAAACUACAGGGCAACUGAUAUGACUUUUCAUAUGUGGUGGGCAUGUGAGCUGUUACAACCAUUCUGGGAAAGCGUAUGUACAGAAAUAAGCAAAAUCACGGAUCAGGACAUAUAAUACAAUCCAAGCCUAGGCUUAUUAACAGAUAUUCAACUUAAUUUGUUAUACAAGGAACUUAUUGAUUUUCUUCUGGUGGCUGCACAAUUACUCAUAGCAAAGUCAUUGAUCACCUACACAUCAGACAAUGGGGGGGAGGGAUGCACAAUUGCUUUGUCCGAGAAACUAACAAAGAGAGUACAUGUCUCAAAAGGCAUCUGAUCUGGAUAAUUUUGUUGAAAUAUGUUACCCCUUUAUGAAAUAUUCACAUGGACUUAUGGGAAAAUCUGAUUCAUUAGUCUUCUGUUCCAGGGAGAGGGGGUGGAAAUGGGGAAAACCAAUUGUUCUGUUAAUGUUUAUAUUUUUCGAAAGCGAUAACAAUUUUUUUUAAAAAAAAUGGAAUAAAAAUAAACAACAACUCUAAGAUUUUAGGGGUGGGGGAAGCCAUGGCUGUUUAAAGUGGAAUCAUAGUAAUUUAAAUGCAUGGUGUGAAUGUGGCCUAAGAAAAAAUAAAACAUAUUUCAGUGUUCCACCAGGAGUGAGGGCUUGUAAAACGAA